CAGCCGGAACCAAGAUUCUUCUUAUUGCUUCUUUAAUUGAAAUGUAAUUGCAGUGGAGCCCGUAAGUCAAUUAGAGAGUAUUCAAAUGGACAAAUCCUUGAAUGGGAUUCUCAUUUUGUAGAUGACUGACUUGGUCAAUCAACCCCUUUGAAUUCUUCAAAGUCCUACAAAUGAAGGAACCAUCUUGGAUAUUGCAAACUUCCUUCAACAAGUCAUCUAGCAAUGCUGAUACUUGAUCUCUUCACUACUAUAUAACAUAUCCUCCUCCAUUACCAAUUCUCUUCCACUAGUCAUCGCUAAAGCUCGAGAUGGCGUCACGAAUGCUUGUUUCUCUGUUAUUUGCUGCUGUUGCGGUUCUUCAAGUCAAUUGCAGCUUCGAAGGUGAUGUUCUGAAUUCCUGGAAAGUAAAACUGAAAGACCCAAACAUGGUCCUCCAGAGCUGGGAUCCGACACUCGUCAACCCAUGUACUUGGUUUCACGUCACUUGCAACUCAAAUAACAACGUUACAAGAGUUGACCUCGGCAAUGCUGGACUCUCAGGCCCACUUAUUCCUCAACUUGGCCUCUUAACCCAUCUUCAGUACUUGGAGGUUUAUGCGAACAAGAUCAAUGGCACAAUUCCAGCUGAACUUGGCAACUUAACAAGCUUGGUCAGCUUGGACCUUUAUCAGAACCGGCUCUCUGGAGUGAUCCCAUCAUCCAUCGGAAACUUGAUCAAUUUGAGAUUUUUGAGAUUAAACAGUAACUAUUUGACUGGAACAUUGCCAUUAGGUGUCAUUAAUCUCGUUCAAUAUGGAAAUUUGAGGAUCCUGGAUGUCUCUCAAAAUAAUUUGGCUGGGACAGUGCGUUCCAAAAAUUCAACAGGAGCAAUAGUGACCACAUUCUUGCAAGAUCCAAAAUCUAAAAGCUUGAUGAAUUGAAUAUGACUCUACCACUACUUCUAUGUGGGUGUAAUAUUACUAAAUAAGACUGGGAUUUCUCAUAUAUAUUUUCCUAUUGCAGAAGAAAAUGAAAACUGUGCGUGAAGUUUAAAUGGCCCAAA